GGAAGAAAACCGUAAUUUACCCAAAACAAAAUAAAUCACAUAUCAUCCGAACUAAACACACACACAUUAAAUUCUCCACCUCUCUCUCUCACACACACAUACACACGGCCGCCAAACCUUGUGGUUCCAUCAUGGAUUCUCUCCAAUCCGAAACCCUAACCCCACACACCACCGAUCCCGCACCACCACCGUCUGAUCCACUCCCAGAUCAACCCACCAACAACGGCAACACCGCUGCAGCAGACCCCUCCGACACCACAAGCCGGAGACGGCGUCGCAGCCGCUGGGACCCACCACCCGCCGACGGAGACUCCGAUAACAACGGCGUCAAAAAGCGUAAGUCUCGUUGGGCCGACGAUGAGCCCAAACCCGUCUUCCAGUUACCGGAUUUCAUGAAGGAUUUCACCGGAGGUAUGGAUAUGGACCCUGAAAUUCAAGCGCUUAAUGCUAGGUUAAUGGAAAUUAGUAGAAUUUUACAAUCCGGUCAACAGUUAGAUGACCGACCCGAAGGUGCUAGGUCACCCUCACCCGACCCGGUCUAUGAUAAUAUGGGAACUAGAAUAAAUACACGAGAGUAUAGGGCUAGAGAAAGGUUGAAUAGAGAGAGACAGGAGAUUAUUUCCCAGAUCAUUAAACGAAACCCGGCGUUUAAACCGCCUGCGGAUUAUCGCCCGCCUAAGCUUCAGAAAAAGUUAUAUAUUCCGAUGAAGGAGUAUCCGGGGUAUAAUUUUAUCGGGCUUAUUAUUGGGCCGAGGGGGAAUACGCAGAAACGGAUGGAGAAAGAGACAGGUGCGAAAAUUGUGAUACGUGGGAAAGGUUCGGUGAAGGAAGGGAGGUUUGGGCAGAAACGGGAUUUGAAGUUUGACCCGUCGGAGAAUGAGGAUUUGCAUGUGCUUGUGGAGGCCGAGACGCAGGAGGGGUUGGAUGCGGCGGCGGGGAUGGUGGAGAAGUUGUUGCAUCCGGUUGAUGAAGGGUUGAAUGAGCAUAAACGGCAGCAGUUGAGGGAGCUUGCUGCGUUGAAUGGGACGAUUAGGGAUGAUGAGUAUUGUAGGUUGUGUGGGGAGCCGGGGCAUCGGCAGUUUGCUUGUCCGUCGAAGUUGUCGACUUUUAAGAGUGAUGUUUUGUGUAAGAUAUGUGGUGAUGGGGGGCAUCCGACUAUCGACUGUCCGAUGAAAGGGACUGGUGGGAAGAAAAUGGAUGAUGAGUAUCAGAAUUUUUUGGCGGAGCUUGGUGGGACGCUUCCGGAGGGUGUUAGUAGGCAAAGCACACCGUUGGCUAUUAUGGGUGCUUCCGGGAGCAAUCCUCCAUGGGCAGCCGGUAGCAGUUCAAAUGGAAGCAGCACCGGUGUUUCGGCACACCCUGGUCUUGGAAGCACUGCAGCGAAAAUUGGAACGGGAUUUGGUCUUGGAUUUGGUAAAGAAAUAGAUGAUACAAAUCUGUACAUUGGGUACCUCCCUCCGACUUUUGAAGAUGAUGCUUUGAUCAGAUUGUUUUCUCCUUUUGGGGAAAUAGUAAUGGCAAAGGUGAUUAAAGAUAAGAUCACUGGGCUGAGCAAAGGGUAUGGCUUUGUAAAGUAUUCUGAUGUAGCUCAGGCUAAUCAAGCAAUUGCGAGCAUGAACGGUUAUCGUUUAGACGGAAGAGUAAUUGCAGUAAGAGUUGCGGGGAAGCCACCGCAACCUACAGUACCCCCUGGUCCUCCUACUCUGGCUCCUGCAGCACCUGUGCCAGCUUAUGCUGGUGCUGGCGGAUACCCGUCUCAGCAGAUGGCGUCAGGCGGACCCGUUGGGAGUGCUGGACCUCCUGGGAGCUAUAUCACUGCACCGGUUCCUUGGGGACCACCGCCACCAGGCCCACCACCUCCACCUUACGCUUCUUAUGCUCAACCUCCUCCUCCACCACCACCUGGAUCAAACGUGUAUUCAUCCUACCCAGGUCCACAUAUACCGUCUUAUGGUGUUCAAUAUCCACCUCCGAACAGUUCAUCCACUGAAACCCAGCAAAGCUACUCAAGUGGAUUGCAUUCUCAGAGUACGGCUCCUGUACAAUCGCCUGCUAGUAAUGUUUAUGGCAGUUCGAUGGUUGGGACGACGCCAAACCCGCAAAGUGCAUAUCCUUCGGCGUCCAUGGGUUACUCUUCUUAUUACAGUGUACCUCCUCCCCCACCGCCUGCGACUGAGCAGCCAAGUUUUGCUAGGGCACCAUGGUCUUCAAACCCGCCCGUUUCUUCUGCAGAGCAAACUCAACAAACCGCUUAUGGUGCAGAGUCAGAGUAUGAAAAGUUUAUGGCUGAGAUGAAAUGAGGCGAUUCGGUGUUGGUUCUACGUGUGCUCUUAUUGCUCGAGGUUUACUGGAGCUCUUAGCUGCUUACCUCAACUUGUUGGAUGUUCAGACUCACAUCUUAACUCUUCCUAUCGUGUUGUAACAGUUGCAGAAAGUUAUCUUUCAUGAAGUUCGUUUCAUUUUUCAACAAGGGAUAUGGUGGCUUGCUGGAAUUCUCGGGCUAAUAUUAUUUGACAUUUUGAACUUUCUAUAGCGCUUUUUUUUACUACUAAUGUUUAUCUUUCAUUUCAUGGUUAUAAUUUUGGUUGUGAUUUUAUUAUUAUUAUUCUGUGACCAAUGUAUUUUCUUUGUGAUUUAUUUUUACUUUUGGUAUGAACAUGAUGAUGCAGACAGGAUGCUUCUGUUUGUAAUUGUAGGGGGUGAUGUUGGAUUGGCACAAUGAUGUCAAUGAAAUCUUUAUAAGUAUUGCAUCUAACUUAUAAUGAAGUUGGUUGUUGGUGUUCAUGUUAGGGUGUACUUCCUCAAUGACAGAUGAAAAUGUAUUCCAAGCAUCUUUUUUUCUCACUGAAGGCGCCAGGUAUCAUAUCAAUCUCUCGAGGAAAUGAUGAUCAAAGCCGUGCUUUUGUUACGUUACAUGUUCUAAUGUUUUCUCGUGUCGUGGAAUAGAGAGAAACAUGGGGAAGAACACACAACCUUGAAGGUUGUAUUGCAUCGGAUGGCUUAUGGUUUAGGGUUCAAGUUGGUUUUAAAUUAAUCCAUUGUGAAGUUUCUUAUGGCUUAUGGUUUAGGAUGUGAAGCAAACAUUGUUCAUGGAUUUGGUGGUUUCUGCUGCUGCUGCUAGUGGGUUUUGUUUGUACAAUUUGCUGCUAUGAUAUUAAUUAGAUAAUACAUUUAUUUAA